CUCAACUUGUAUAAUAACGUUUCCCUCACCACUUUUCUCCUUACACCAACCCCCACCGUCUCUCUCUCUCUCCCCCCCACCCCUUCAUGGCUCUCCUUCCACUCCUCUUCACCUUCGCCUUCAUCUUCCUCCUAUACCAACUCUACCAAAAGCUCAGAUUCAAGCUCCCACCAGGCCCUAGACCAUGGCCGGUCGUCGGCAACCUUUACGACAUAAAGCCGGUGAGAUUCCGGUGCUUUGCCGACUGGGCACAGACUUACGGCCCAAUCAUUUCUGUCUGGUUCGGUUCAACUCUUAACGUUAUCGUUUCCAAUUCCGAGCUGGCCAAAGAAGUCCUCAAAGAACAUGACCAGCAAUUGGCCGACCGGCAUCGAAGCCGAUCGGCGGCGAAGUUCAGCAGAGAAGGGCAGGACCUUAUUUGGGCUGACUAUGGACCUCACUAUGUGAAGGUGAGAAAAGUCUGUACACUUGAGCUUUUCUCUCCCAAGAGGCUUGAAGCUCUCAGACCCAUCAGAGAAGAUGAGGUCACAGCCAUGGUGGAGUCCAUUUUCAAAGAUUGCACCAAUCCUGAUAAUAUGGGGAAGAGUUUCCUAGUGAAAAAAUAUCUUGGAGCAGUGGCAUUCAACAACAUAACAAGGCUUGCAUUUGGGAAGAGGUUUGUGAACUCUGAGGGUGUGAUAGAUGAGCAAGGUCAGGAGUUCAAGGCAAUCGUCGCCAAUGGGCUAAAGCUCGGGGCAUCGCUAGCCAUGGCCGAGCACAUCCCGUGGCUUCGUUGGUUAUUCCCGCUCGAGGAGGAGGCGUUUGCUAAGCACGGGGCACGUCGGGACUGUCUCACCCGAGCCAUCAUGGAGGAGCACACCCUUGCACGCCAGAAGAGUGGUGGAGCCAAGCAACAUUUUGUUGAUGCAUUGCUUACCCUUCAAGAUAAAUAUGACCUUAGUGAGGACACUAUCAUUGGCCUACUAUGGGACAUGAUCACUGCAGGAAUGGACACAACUGCAAUCUCUGUGGAAUGGGCCAUGGCGGAGUUGAUCAAGAACCCAAGGGUCCAACAGAAGGCCCAAGAGGAACUAGACCAAGUUAUCGGACUCAAGCGCGUGUUGACCGAAACUGACUUCUCAAACCUUCCUUACCUCCAAUGUGUAGCCAAGGAAGCGCUCCGUUUGCACCCUCCAACCCCACUUAUGCUCCCUCACCGAGCCAACGCCAACGUCAAGAUUGGUGGUUAUGACAUCCCCAAGGGCUCCAACGUUCACGUAAACGUCUGGGCUGUAGCCCGUGAUCCCGCCGUGUGGAAGAAUCCAUCCGAGUUCCGGCCCGAACGGUACCUAGAGGAGGAUGUUGACAUGAAGGGGCAUGAUUUUCGUCUACUACCAUUUGGUGCUGGAAGAAGGGUUUGCCCUGGUGCACAAUUGGGAAUCAAUUUGGUCACUUCCAUGUUGGGCCACCUUUUGCACCAUUUUUAUUGGGCUCCACCUAGUGGGCUGAGCCCAGAAGAAAUUGACAUGGCGGAGAACCCGGGACUGGUGACCUACAUGCGCACCCCACUACAGGCCAUGCCCCGCCCAAGGUUGCCGGCCCAGUUGUACAAACGUGUGGCUGUUGAUAUGUGAUUUUUUUUUUUUUUUGGUUGGAUUUAAAUUAGGUUAUGUAAUUGGGGUGGUCCAGGAGAGAGAAUGUGCCAGUCACCAGUGUGUAUCGCUUCUUCAUUCCGGCAUUGUCCUUGUCCUGAAUCCAAGAGGAGUAAAGUUACAUAUUUGCAUGUUGUUCUUCAUCUAUUUUCCUUUUUUUUUUUUUUU